AUGCCUCUAGGCUUCGAGCGCAUAAACGAGCGCACUCAGCGACCGAAUGCUUUGAUCAACUUUGUUCGGACCCUGCCUGGGCCAACGUCGACGACCGCCGAGCAGAUUCUCAACCGAGUCGCCGCGAUAUGUUACCCGUUCAUGAAGGCCAACAUGAUCCUAGUCCAGGCGCUCGAGGAGUUCCCGUACAACACUGAAUUCGUCGGCCGCAACUUCAACGCUGGUGAGGUCAUUCAGCUUGUGUUGCGAGACCGGAAUGGUCGAUGGCUGCCACAGCGCAUGGUUGAAAUGGUCAUGGUACACGAGCUGGCGCAUUGCAAGCAGAUGAAUCACUCCAAGGCGUUUUGGAAGGUCAGAGAUGCCUACGCAGUUGACCUGCGGGCGCUGUGGGCGAAGGGCUACACCGGAGAGGGUAUGUGGGGAAAGGGCAGAGGUUUGGAGACAGGCAACGUACAAACGAGUCUGGGCGAUGUUGUCGAUGUGCCUGAACAUCUGUGUGGUGGCACAUAUGGGCGCAGAUCCAAGAAGAGAAGGAGAGGUGGCAAGGGAAAGGAGACGUUGUCCUACGCUGAGAGAAAGCAGCGGCGUAUCUUGAAGAAAUUCGGUACAGGUGGUCAGUCCUUAGGCGCAGACGACGAUACCAAGAUCAAAUUGGAAGGUGGCGUGCCGAAGAAAGGUAAGCCCAGAGUAGCGGGCAGCGCACGAGGAAGAGAACUCAGAGCUGCAGCUGCAUUAGCGCGCUUUGAGCCUGUCAAGCAGGAACCAGAAGAUGUGAUGAUCAAAAAGGAAGAGACCUCCGACAGUGAGACCGAAGACGAGGUCGAUGCAGCCGAUGCAGCGCUCGACGUAGAUGGGUCGAAGAUGGUUGACGAUAAGGGUCGCGCUCUGAUCAAGAUCUGCGAAGACGAAGACGACAGAGAUGGCAAUGCGCGACGAGAAAUGGCAGAAAUCCAAGGCAUUGAGUCUCAGCACGACGCGCCUGUGAGGAAAUCUGCCUCCAAAACAAAAACGCCAAGCGUGCACACUACCAACUCACGCUCGAAGCCCAGCGAACCACUGGAAACAUACACAAACUCUUCAUCAGCCCAAGCGAUCCAUCUCGACGAGAUCUGGAAGCGACGGCCUGAAACAGCAGAAACUGCUGCCGCUACAAACCCCACAAUCAAGCCAUCUCCCAAGCCGACAUCAUGCAAUAUCUGCUCAGUUGCGAACGAACCUGGGUCAUUGACUUGCGCUGUUUGUUCCAAUGUUCUUGUGGCACACCUUGUCCCUAAUCAUUGGAGAUGCGUUAGAGAUUCAUGCAAGGAUAGCGCCUACCUCAAUGCAGGCGAUGCUGGAGCAUGCGGCGCAUGUGGUCAAGUGAGGCCAGCAUCAUAA